AUGCAUCACUCUAUCACGGCGUCGCUGCACCUUUCAGGUGUUUGUGCUUGAAGCAGAGUCUGUAGAGACAUGACAACUCGCCGGCAUGGCGGACAGAGAGAAGAAGAAAAGAGCCCCUGCUUCCGGCCGCAGCGUCCAGGUGAAGCCUUCUGCUAGCCGCAGGCUAACUCAUGACAUCAGUCUGGAUGAGUUUGAGGAUGACGACCUGUCAGAGAUUACAGAGAUUACUGACGAAUGUGGGAUUAGUCUCAACUGCAACCGUCCAGAUUCGAAGGGCCGUGUGAGGGGGGGGACCAAUAGCCUGUCAGGGAGGGCGGAGCUGGGAGCAGUUGGCCAGCUUCAAGCAGAGAUGCUGCAUUUGGACCUUAUCGACGGAGCUGACAGUUACUGUGUUGAUAAGGAGCCUUUAAAGGCAUCUGCUCUCCCACUUUCACCUGUCAUUAAGGAUCCUGCAGCACCUGUUACCAUGGAUACUUACAGACCCAAGAGACCCACAACCCUUAACCUCUUCCCCAUUGUGCCACGGACUCAGGACACUUUGAACAAUAACUCCUUUGGGAAAAAGUACAGCUGGCAGGAGAAGGUCUCACGCUCGUCAUCUCCUCCCAAAACAGGUGACCUCACCCCACCACGAGAGCACAGCUGCCUGAGCGACGACGACAAGGUUCAGGGUGGGGGAGCACAAACCAAAGACCGCGGGACUUCCACAGACGCACCCUGCAGACACAGCAGCACAGCAGCGCACAGCACAUGUGGCGGUGCUGCCACUCGUUCUAAGCUGCAGGAGAAGCCGCCUGCACCUCCACCACCCCGGAACUACACACCAGCUCCUCUAUACCCUUCCAGUAAGGGGGAUGGCAGUGGACACCAAAGGGAGAGGAUCCAAUACCAGACAGACGUUUGUUUAGAGCCCACAGAGGAGAUUUACCUCACUCCUGUGCAGCGUUCUACUGAACUCCUGGAACCCCCCAAUGUCCCGGACAGGCCCUUCCUCUCUCAGCAGACAGAGCAAGGACGAAUGUCUAUAAGUUCAGAUACAGAGGGACCACCUCCUUAUCAACCCCUUCCAGACCGGACCAACCCCUCCAUUUUUGAGGAGGACGAGUUCUUUCUUCCUCCACCUUCGUAUGCCUCCUGUGUAGAGUCUCUCAUCACACCCCCAAACAUGGCGGCGACAGAUCACUCCUCUCUUACACUGGACCUGAGCUCAAAGGGGACUGCAGCCGGUGUCAUGUUGAGAGCUGGUUCCUCUGUGGAGUACGUGGAUGCCACAGAUGAAAGCUACUGCGGGGAGGAUGAGGAUGUGGACAGUAUAGUACUGGACAGACACAUGAGGGACCGCAAGUGGGGAGGGAAAGGAGAGGGGGGCAGUAGCAAAUCGGUCCCAUUCAGGACUUCCAUGAACACAGAAGCCAAUGGCCUGUCAUAUGACACGGUCAAGUACACUCUCGUGGUUGAUGAGCAUGCUCAGCUGGAGCUUGUCAGCCUGCGACAAUUCUACCAAGGCUACAGCGAUGACAGCGACUCUGCCACGGUCUACGACAACUGCGUGUCUUCCCCUUAUGAGUCUGCGAUUGGCGAAGAGUACGAGGAAGUUGACAGGGAAGAAGAGCAUGAUGUUCAGACUGGAGUGGUGCGGAGAGAAGCCCCAGCUUGUCUCUCCGAAGACUCCACGCCCGAGGCAGAUCUGCACUUUUCCAAGAAGUUCCUGAAUGUCUUCAUGAAUGGUCGCUCUAGCCCCUCCAGUGCAGAGUCCUUUGGCUUGUAUAGCUGUGUCCUAAACGGAGAAGAAAAGAAUCAGACCCACAGAGCAGUGUACAGGUUUGUACCUCGGCAUGAUGACGAACUGGAGCUGGAGGUGGAUGAUCCGUUGCUGGUGGAGGUUCAGGGAGAGGAUUAUUGGUAUGAGGGCUACAACAUGCGAACUGGUGCCCAUGGGAUUUUUCCAGCUUACUAUGCUAUAGAAGUGACCAAGGACACAGAGAGCUAUAAAGUGAUAAAGAGCGAUGAAUGGAUAGAGAGAUAUCACCUGAAGUUCCUGGGAUCAGUUCAAGUGCCCUAUCACAAAGGAAACGAUGUCCUGUGUGCAGCUAUGCAGAAGAUCGCCACCAACAGAAGGAUGACAGUGAAAUACAACCCCCCUUCCUCCUGCAUCCUGGAGAUCAGUGUCAAAGGCAUCAAGCUUGCUGUUCAAGAAGAUUACUAUGCCUCUGACAGAAGUAAUGAGGGCAGCCACUUUUUCCAGUUAAAGAACGUCUCUUUUUGUGGUUAUCAUCCAAAAAACUGCAAAUAUUUUGGUUUCAUCACUAAGCACCCAGCAGACCAGAGAUUUGCCUGCCAUGUUUUUGUUUCUGAAAACUCCACCAAACCUCUGGCGGAUUCAGUGGGGAAAGCCUUUCAGUUGUACUACAAGGAAUAUGUGGAAUUCUCUUGUCCCACGGAGGACAUUUACCUGGAAUAACUGCGAGGGUGUUCAAUGCUGUAUCAUAGCAAAACAACAAAAGAAAACAACUUACUGAUGACGAUGAUGUGUAUUCAACUUUUUUUUUACGACCGAUCCCCUGCAGCAGAACCGCUGAUCACUGAAGCAAGCGCAGGCCAGGAACUUCUGAUUCUCCAGUUAAUUUCCUGAAUUUAAUAUGUUGAUUUUGGAAAAAGAGGAGCUCAUGCUCUUUGCUUGAUCUACAACUUGUAAGGCGAGAGUAACAUAGAAGUUUCAUGGCAGAUUACUCCACAAAUAUUUGGGCUCUUUCAUGAAAAAAUGCUAUUAUAGUCAGAUAUAGUGGUGAAAAAUGACUGCAACGCUGAAAGAUACUUAACUUUUACUAAUUUCUGUUUCUAGAGAUGGUCUUUAUUAAACCAAACUUCUUAAUUAUUUAAAUAUAUUUAUAGAUGUAUUUUUAUAUCUUACUUUAUUUUGUUUUUAUCAUGACUAUAGCCCACAUCCCUGAAAUAAAAACUGGUUGCAUUUAUUAAUUUUGAUUUAUAUUGGUUAACAAGUAUUUUCUGUAGCCUCUAAACUGAUCUACAUUUUUUUUUGUUAUGGUCCCUUUUAAUAUAAAAAUAACAAAACUUUAGGAAGUCAUCUGAAGAAAGCCAUUUUAUUCUCAUAAUGAGAAAACAAUGAUGCCUGCAUGAGGAAAUAUGCUGCAGGGAGGGCUAUGCCUUGUGUAAAUAGUUCAGCAUUUAAAGUUUAUUACAAUGUAAUGACUCAAUAUUUGUUGUGUACAAAUCCUUUUUGUUUUUGAUUGUUUUUUCUUUUACCUUUCAGUAGUCAUGAGUAAAUGGUUUUGAUGCAGACUGA